CCCCAGUCCGUCCGUUAUCAAGUCCCGUUCUUCAGUCUUCUCGUCGCCUUCGCCUUCCCCACCGUCAUAUGCGUCGAACGCUCUCCACUUCCUUCUCGAAAUCCAGUCUUCAAAACCGUGCCGACGCCCUUCUCUCUGGCCACGCCCGCUCGAGCCGCGCCGACGAUGCCCUCGCUCUCGUCGACGCCACGCCCCACGCCGACGCUCGCUCCUGGAAUGCCGCCCUCUCUGGCCUCGCCAAAUCCCGCCACCCCCGCGAAGUCCUCACCUUUUUCCUUCGCAUGACCCGAAGUCCCACAAAACCCGAUGACUUCACCUACGCUACCAUCAUUCCUUGCUGCCAUUUGGCCGUCGGUCGUCAAGUCCAUGCGCGGAUCGUCAAGGUUUGCUCGAACUCGGACCCUUUUAUCGGCACCAAUCUGGUAAGGAUGUAUGCGGACAAGGGUGAGAUGGGGGACGCGAGGAAGAUGUUUGAUGGAAUGCCUGAAAGAGAUUCUGUGUCUUGGAACGUUUUGGUGCAUUGUUAUUCAAAGUUUGGGGCGGGCGAUUUGUGCCUGCAGCUGUUUCGGGAGAUGGUUCGUGAAGGGAUUUGGUUGGAUGAGUUCACCCUUGCAAUCGUUCUGAAUGAACUCACUGGUCGCUUGCGAGUUCUUGCAGGGAUGCAGGUGCACUCGUUGAUGGUAAGGCGUGGGUUUUGUUAUGAUCGCUUCGCUUGCAAUGCUUUGUUGAAUUUGUAUUCCAAAUGUGGGUUUGUUGCUUGGGCGGUGAGAUUGUUCAAUGAGAUGCCUGAACAAGAUGUGGUUUCUUGGACUGCGAUGAUGGCAGGGCUCCUGGCGAACGACCGUGAGAGGGAUGCUUUUGAGGCUUUUCGUUCAAUGCGGAUAGCUGGUGUUGAGCCUAAUUCUUUCACCUUCGGCUGCUUCAUUGGGUUCUGUGCGAGUAUUACUGCCUUUGAAAGGGGGAUGCAAUGUCAUGCCCUUCUGUUGAAGUAUGGUUUGGAACUUGAUGUUGUUGUGGGGAGUGCACUGGUGGAUAUGUACUCCAAGUGUGGUGAGAUGAACUAUGCGCUGAGCCUCUUCCAGUGCUUGCCUGAGAAGGACCUUGUUUCAUGGAAUGGAAUGAUAUGUGGGUUUGCUCAAAAUGGAGAGGCUUCCAAAGCUUUGCAACUCUUUGAUGAGAUGGUGAGAUUACAUCAACCAUCGGUCACCCCAAACCAUAUCACUUUUGUGGGUGUCUUAAGUGCAUGCAGUCAUGCGGGCUUUGUUCAUGAGGGUUGUUGCUUCUUUAAUGACAUGGUUCAUGUGUACUCAAUCGAGCCCCUGCCUGAGCACUAUGCUUGUGUGGUUGAUCUUUUGGGCCGAGCAGGACUCUUAGAAGAGGCUGAGGCAGUUAUUCUAGCAUUGCCUUAUGAGCCUGAUGCAGUGAUAUGGGGUGCAUUGCUAGGAGCUUGUAGAAGGUGUGGGAAUCUGGUCAUGGCAAAAUGCAUUGCUGGGAGACUAUCCAUAGUUGAGCCAAAGGAUUCUUUCAAUUAUGUCCUCCUGGCAAAUAUGCAUACUGCUAGUAAGGAGUGGGAUGAGGCAUUGGAGGUUAGGGAGGUUAUGUCUGCAAAUGGGACUCAGAAAUUGAUGGGGAGCAGUUGGAUUGAGAUUAGGGGUCGUGUACAUUCUUUUGUGUCAGGUGGUUAUGUUCAUCAUCCACAACUUGAAAUAAUCUUUGAGUGGUUGCAGAAGUUGCAGCUGAUGAUGUUAGAGGAAGGGUAUCAGAUGGACUCAACUCAUGCGCAAUAAAAUUACAGAGUAAUGCAACCUGCAUUCAAACAACUUAUUUCAGUUCCCCAAGAUAAGUAGAGGAGAUGAUGUCUUAAUCAUAAGGGGGGCCCAUCUUUUGGUGUCAAACAUGCCUUAAAUUUUCAAUAAUCUGGUGUUUAUCUUCUCUCAGUCUUUGCACUUUUCUAACUGGAAUUUUUGAGUUUAUCAUCAAGAUAUCUGAUCAGAGAAUGACAGAGCAAUAUGUUUCUGUAAGCAGCGACAAAGAAAACAUUCAAAGGGACGAAGAUGAUGCAAUAGCCAACUCCAGUUCACAGUGGGUCUAUAUUUUUAAGGAUUCCUGUAUGCCUAGAUCCAGUGUUCUUUCUUCCUUGCUUGCCUUUGCACCAGCAAUAAUCAUGAAAUUGGAGCCUACUUGAUGCUAUGUGAGCAUUUGGGAAUAUUCUUCAGUAAGGCCCUAUGUGCCUAGAUUGAAUGCUUAAUUGGCAGUAUUCUGUUUUGCUGGGAGCCUUGCUGAUUUGUGUCUGACAGACCUGUAAGAACAAUGAGAAACACUUUGUCUGCCAUAUAAGAUUGUGGACUGACAGGUGCAUCUGGUAACUGCAAAACAAAUAUAGGAAAAAUUGGAAACAACUUUUGAGGGAGCAAAUCAAAGAGAAGAACCAAACUCCCAAGAAGACAAAAAAGCUCACCCCAACUUAUACCUCAUGGCUCAUGAGGAUGGAAAGAAAAAGAAGAAACAAAAAGAAAAAGAAGGCUUUGAUAAAGGGGGAGCAAAGCAAAGAAGAGAGAAAUGAGAAGAGAGAGAAAAAAUUCCAACUUGUUGCCUCAUGGCCAAUGAUGAUGAGGUGUACCAAGCAUCUUAUGGCAUGAAAGGAUCAAAUUCUCGAAAAUGGAUGCUUAGGACUUAAAAUGGAUAGAUGGUGAUAUUUGUAUUUGGAGGAAAAUUUAUUGGGUAGAGGACAGUGUUGGAAAGGGACCAAAAUUGUUGAUCCUCAGGUUGUUCAUCAUGAUUCUGCAUGUGUGGACCAUUCACAGUAAGCUUGUGGAGGCAGGGAUGAAAUUCAUCAUUCUUUUGUUAUUUUUGGAGCAUAUGAGAAGUAUAACAGCCUCUUGGGGUGAAUGUGUAUAUUUAAUUAUUGUACUGUUCAUUCAUGGUUCAACAUCAGGACAAGGAAAAUGUAGGAAGAAAAGUUCUUUAACUUCUACCCCUUCAUUAACAAAAUAACUUUGUAUUUGGUAUUCUUCUUCCACUUUAAUUCUUUCAUUGUUUUUUAGUUACUUUUGUUUCAUGCAAUUUUUGAAUAUUCUUCCUCUUUUUGCAAGCCAUUGUGGAGGAUAAAUUGUUGCUUAAGAACAUUACUAUUACUAUUUGAUAUAAAAGGAACGUUACUGUGACAGGGCUGCUUUGCUUUAAUAGUUGGCAAUUGUUGUUGAUGCUGCUAAAGAUGGUAAGGUAUGUGCUUGCUUAUAGCUCGGGCUGUGGUAGUUGAAGAUCAAUGAUUUGAAGGGAAUUUAACACUAAAUUAUCUCGAGUUCUUUAUGAAUAUGCUUUUUCUA